AUGCUGCGGCCAGGGCUUGCAGUCCGGCAAAACGGACGUCCUGUACUGCCGACGAAAGCGACCACUUGCUUGAGGACGAGACGAGCCGUAUGCGCGAGGUCCCUAACAACCCAAUCACAACCAUUGACGACAAAGGCACGGCCGAGCCUCCCUUUCUUAAGCCCUCCAUCAUCAAGUCCGAUAUCAGUCCGCUACUUUACUUCGACCCGCAGCAGCUGGAUCAGGCAUGAGGUCAAGCUGGCAGCGCGAUACACAAUCACCGUCUGGGGCAUGCUCGCCGCCGGACUGGUGAUUCUCUUCUUCGUCCAGGAGGAGAUUCUCGAGCGCGAUCAUCCGACUCCACACGAGUGGACGUACAUGACGAGGAAAUUUCUCCGCGACGCGAAGGAAUUGGAGGACCCCAGAGACGGCAACAUCCAAUGGGCCAGUGCGCUCGGGCGAGUGCGCAAUGCGUUGAUGCGCCUGAGCGAUCCCAAGAAGGACGGCGCGGGCUUGAUGGCCCUCUCCGACGUGACGGACCCCGAACUUGAGGACCCGGCUGAAUUCGUUCCCUACGACAUCACAGCCAAAUCGGAGGAGUGGCGACGCGGCUACUUUGAGGCUAUGAUGACGGCGGCCAAGGCGGCGGAGCAUGUGGACGGCUGGGUCCUCGACGUUACGCGCAACAUGGUGUCGCCCGCCAAAUUCAUGAUUGGGCCGUCGAAUCCCAACCCGGUGCCGAUCCCGCCCGGAGCGGCUCACGCACCCCUGGAAGAAAACUGCGUCAACGCGUUUCCCUCGGCCGACAGAUGGUACAUGAAGAUUCUGGCUACACAAGGCUUCACCGAAAGACAGCGCCUCGAGGCGGCCCUGGAGUAUGCGAGCUUCAUGGAGUUCAAGGGCCAAGCGGAAGCAGCACGCAGCCUCCAAGAGCUGGCUCUGAGCGAAGCCACAAAGGGCAUCGACGCGACCAAGCUCCCAUACGACGUCAAAACGUUUGCGCUCAAGGAGACGGCCGGAUCUCCGUCUCUCAAUCUGCUCGAUGUCUUGACUUCGAUUGCCAACUCCAAGGCCCGCAGCGGCGACAUUUCCGGCGCGCUGCCCGUCUACAUUUCGCUGCUAAAGGCCCGCCGCAGGCUCUCCGACCAACGGCCCCGCGAGCUGCGCGGCAGCAGCCGGUCCAGCGCCGUGCCGGUCCACCAGCAGAUCCUCAACAUGCUCAAGCCCCCGGCCUACCCGCCGCCGCCGCCCGACGGCACGCAGCCGCCCUGGCGCAGCGCCGAGGAGCGGUGCCAAGAGGCCUCGCUGCAAAUAUACAUUGGUGAGAUACUCUACGCUACCUCGUCCCGCGACGACGGCCUCUCAUGGACCCGCGAUGGUGUGGAUCUCGCCGAGGAGCAGCUGCGCUCGCUUGGUGUCGGAGUCGGAGUCGGCGGCGCCAAGGCCGCCAGGAAGCUUUGCCGCGAGUGCCUCGGCGCCGGCCUCGACAACUGGCAUACCAUGGUGUCGAGGCUAGCCAGGGCCGAGCGCGCCAAGGAGGCGAGCGGUGCCGACGCUGGCAAGUCUGGCAUCUUUUCUUUUUGGGGCGGCGCAAAGGAGCCCGAGGGGAGGUGGGCGGCGGAGGAAGCGGUGGUGCUGGAGAGAGUGCGUCGCACCAAGGAGAUCAUGGAGGACGUGACUCCUCCGCGUACUUUCAUCACCAGCUGGUUCAAGGCCUAG